UGCAGUUGCAAUGAUUUACAAUAACUUACAAAAAUUUGGUCAAAUAACUGCCAAUAGAUGCAUGAAUUCCCUAAAGUUGUUGCGGUAUCAAAGACUACAACAACAACAGCGUCAAGUACAACGUUGUUUCAGUCAGUUAUGUUUUGGUCAGCAAUCAACAGCACAGCAAUCAUCGUUCAGCGAAAGUAAUUUGCCAUACGGCAAGCGGCUGUGUGUAGUGUUGUUGCCGUUGACCGGAGUUAACUGUGCCGCUGCUUCACAACUUGCACCGUCAUCGUCUACCGCCGGUGGGCACCGUUCACAAGCCGAUGAUGUCAGCAAUAUGUCAGAUCAGGACGCUAAGAAUGCCAAGUCAAUUUAUGACUUUACCGUCAAGGACACGCAUGGUAAUGAAGUUUCCUUGGAAAAAUACAAGGGAAAUGUGGUGCUAAUUGUAAAUAUUGCAUCCAAAUGUGGUUUGACCAAGAACAACUACGCCAAAUUGACCAACUUGUUGGAGAAAUACGAAUCGAAAGGUCUACGCAUUUUAAAUUUCCCAUGCAAUCAAUUCAGUUCGCAGAUGCCUGAAGCUGAUGGUGAAGAAAUGGUGUGCCACUUGCGUGACGCCAAAGCCAAUAUUGGUGAUGUAUUCCAAAAGGUGAGU